GAGGGACCUCAAAUACCUGUUACGUCAAAAGGCUUCGUGCGUUUGAUAUUGUGGACCGAUUGCCCGGCGGGAGGAAAUUUCAAGAUGUCUUGUGAACCUCUGCGUGAGAACGUCUAUUUGGUGUUCGCAAACGUUUAGUCCUCUUUUUUGCCUUUUUAGAAAUAACUAACCGUCUUACUACUAGUGCAGUCUUAUCCGUGCCCUCCCACCCGUACUGCCUUGGUAUAAAAUGCAACGACAUUUGUGAUACAACAUGAAGAGACACGACUGGCAAUUCAUGCCGGUAGAUGGCAGUAGCGUGCCGCCAUGGCUGCACUUAACCCGAGAAGAAGAGAGGACGUUGCAACCAGUUUGCAAACAUGUACUAGUGUUACACGGUUCGCAGUGCUCUCAUAAUCAAGUCGGGUGAAGCGACUGGCGGUGCGGCGGCAGAGCUGUCAGCAUGUCUGAUGGGUUUUUAAUGGAGGUAUGUGUGGACUCAGUGGAGUCUGCCGUCAAUGCUGAACGGGGAGGUGCAGGUCGACUUGAGCUGUGUUCAAGUCUUUCGGAGGGAGGACUCACUCCCAGUCUUGGUCUACUGCAAAUAGUAAAAAGAUAUGUCAAGAUCCCGGUCUAUGCCAUGAUCCGGCCUCGUGGUGGGGACUUCCUUUAUUCGGAUCAAGAGGUGGAGGUGAUGAAGAAAGACCUCGAGCUAAUGAAGGCUCACGGUGCGGAUGGACUCGUCCUUGGUGCUUUAACGGAAGACGGCCGUGUGGAUGCUGAGCUCUGCAUGGACUUCCUUGCUGCUGCUCGCCCACUGCCAGUGACCUUCCACAGAGCGUUUGAUAUGGUUCACGACGCAUCACUCGCUCUCGAGACUCUGAUUUCACUGGGUUUUCAGCGAGUUCUGACCAGCGGCUGUGACAGCUCAGCCUUGGAGGGGCUUCCUGUCAUCAAAAAACUCGUCGAGCAAGCUAAAGGUCGAAUUGCCGUCAUGCCAGGAGGUGGAAUCACAGAGCGAAACCUGCAGAGAAUUCUGGAGGGAUCAGGAGCUGAAGAGUUUCAUUGCUCGGCUCGAUCCAGCAGGGAUUCCGCCAUGAAAUAUAGGAACACGUGCGUGUCAAUGGGAGCUGCUUUUACAGCUCCCGAGUACAGCCUGAAGGUGGCAGACGUGAGCAAAGUCCGCACAUUCAACGCCAUUGCCAAAAAUACAUUGUGAUUUGGGAAGACAACAAACAUGGGAAAACACUAUGUGACUUUUAUCGUGACACUGUGUGGUGCUUUUUCCCCUCUACGUGAAUGUUCAAUGGCAAAACUGUGAAUCAAGUUAUUUUUUUACAUUUGUGCCAUGGAUUUUUCAGCGAGGUCACACAUCCUCUCUGCCAGUCCAAAUUUAGAGGGUGGUGUGGCAAAACUAUGGAGACAAUGGUUUUUACUGUGAUUAAAAAAAGUAAGAAAC